AUGGAAGUUCAACAGCAAGCACAGCUGCCUGGCUUGAGUUCAUUCAACAAUUCCUCCACCAAGCUGAAGACUCCGGAAGUCACAUUUGAAAACGAAUUUGAGAGAAGGAUCUGGGCAGACAUAAUUCCUCAGAAUGAAAUUGGUGUCAAGUUCGAUGACAUUGGAGCUCUUGAUAACGUCAAGGAUGCACUGAAGGAGUUGCCUUGCAGGGGAAUACUUCUUUUUGGUCCUCCCGGUACGGGAAAAACUAUGCUCGCCAAAGCUGUAGCGACUGAAGCUGGUGCAAAUUUUCUGAACAUCUCAAUAUCUAGUAUUGCAUCAAAGCCAGCAAAAUUGCUCCGUGUUGUAUUUAUUGAUGAGGUUGAUAGCGCUUUGGGUCGAAGAAAUGAUCAAGACUCUGGAAUCACUCGUAGGAUAAAAACUGAAUUUAUGGUAAAUUGGGAUGGCUUGCGCACAAAGGAUGAGGAAAGGAUACUAGUUCUUGCAGCCACAAACAGGCCUUUUGACCUCGAUGAAGCUGUUAUCAGAAGACUUCCACACCGAUUCAUGGUAAAUUUGCCGGAUCUUGCAAACAGAACUAAGAUCUUAAAAAUUAUAUUGGCCGAGGAAGACAUGUCUCCAGAUGUUGAUAUCGAUGCAAUUGCUAGUAUGACCGAUGGCUUCUCUGGUAGUGAUCUCAAGAACCUGUGCAUCGCUGCUGCAUAUUGUCCCCUGCGAGAGUUUUUAAGGAAGGAAAAGGAAAAGGACAAGGUUCAUGAUUUAGAUGUUGGUUUUCUGCUGAAAUCUCUUGAAGUAACUGAAGCAAAGUCUUCGCCUGCCAAUAGAGGGAUUGCUGAACUACGGCCUUUAAAUAUGAAGGACUUCAUUUAUGCUCGUGAACAGGUUAGAGCAAGCACACCAGCCGACUCACGGAUCAUGACAGAGCUUCUGCAAUGGAAUGAGCGGUAUGGAGAAGGUGGUUCCCAAAAGAAGACAUAA